GGGAGCGCGGCGGGCGGAGCGGGCAGAAAUUUCAUCUGGCAAAAAUGGGUGAACCUCAGCAAGUGAGUGCCCUUCCUCCGCCUCCAAUGCAAUAUAUCAAAGAAUACACUGAUGAAAACAUCCGUAAAGGCCUGGCUCCAAAGCCGCCUCCUCCUGUGAAGGACAGCUACAUGAUGUUUGGGAACCAGUUCCAGUGUGAUGAUCUGAUCAUCCGGCCCCUGGAGAGCCAGGGGAUCGAACGGCUGCAUCCUAUGCAGUUUGAUCACAAGAAGGAGUUAAGGAAACUUAACAUGUCUAUCCUGGUCAACUUCCUGGACCUCUUGGACAUCUUGAUAAGGAGUCCAGGGAGUAUAAAGCGAGAGGAGAAACUGGAAGACUUGAAACUGCUUUUUGUCCACGUGCAUCACCUUAUAAAUGAGUACCGGCCUCACCAGGCCAGGGAGACGCUGAGGGUCAUGAUGGAGGUGCAGAAGCGGCAGCGCCUGGAGACGGCCGAGCGCUUCCAGAAGCACCUGGAGCGAGUGGUGGAGAUGAUCCAGAACUGCCUGGCUUCCCUGCCUGAUGAUCUGCCUCACACGGAGGGGGGACUGAGAGUCAACGUGGAGCCCAUGGACACUGAUGAUGGCAGCAGCUGCGCUGGACAGAGCGAAAAGCAGAGGGAGCGUUCUGGUGGCAAGAGAGAUCAGGUUUUGGACAAAGAUGCAGCAAUGUGCAGCAUUAUUGAUGAGAUGACAUGAAGCAAACAGCUGCUUUUGUUAAUGCAGCACAGUGAGAGACAGAAGGGGUUCUGAGCAUGCAUGUUGUAUUUUGUUUUGCUGUUGUACAAGCAGAAAGAGCAUUUGUUGUGCACCUGUUGGAGGUUGUGGGUGACUGGGCAGAUGAAAAUGUUUAAAGUUUUGUGUUUUUUUGGUAAAAAAUAAAAAGUCUCAUUUUUGUUAAAUGUAUCAUGUGAGGUGGUAGGCACAGAUUAAAGUUGGCUUUUCCUGUUGUA